CUCGAGUGUAUGACUUGCAGUUUGACAUAAAUGUGAAAAUCAUUGGAAACUUGUUUUGAAAGUCCUUUCAUUGAGUGAAGCAUUCAUUUGGCAUUAAAUCAGUUUUGAGACCACUUUUAGUCCACAGUUAACCACAAGAAGCCGUCAAAAUGAGUAUAAUGACAUACAAUGGCGGAUGUGUUAUAGCGAUGAAAGGCAAGGGAUGUGUUGCCAUCGCUGCCGACCGAAGACUCGGAGUUCGCGGACACACCGUCUCGACGGACUUCAAGAAGAUCUACGAAAUGGGACCGACACUCAUGAUAGGACUGCCGGGACUGGCGUCCGACACACUCACUGUCUCGCAAAGACUCAAAUUCCGGAUCAAUUUGUACGAAUUGCGCGAAAACCGACGGAUCACUCCCAAGACAUUCGCGUCAGUGGUGUCCAACAUGUUAUACGAGCGCCGCUUUGGGCCCUACUUUAUAGAGCCCGUCAUCGCCGGCAUCGACCCCAAGACAGGCGAGCCAUUCAUCGCCUGCACUGAUGUGAUUGGAUGUCUGGAAGAGCCCGAAGACUUCGUGGUCGCGGGAACAGCCACUGAACAGGCCUUCGGAAUGUGCGAAACCCUAUGGGAGCCUAACCUCGAACCCGACGAUCUCUUUGAGACUAUUUCGCAGGCGUUGGUGAAUGCGGUGGACAGGGAUGCGGGCUCAGGAUGGGGUGCUGUCGUGUAUGUCAUCGAAAAAGAUAAAGUGACCGAAAGAACAGUGAAGACACGAAUGGAUUAAAUCGAUUGAGUUCUGCAUUACUUUAUCACAAAAUAUCGAUUUUUCUGUAUUUUUAUUAUUAUUUGCGAAUAAAUUAUAAAAUAAAACAAAAAUACUUUAUUUCAUUGAUUUCUUA